ACAGGAUGACGACGCGUGUGAGACCGGAAGGAACUUAUAGAUUUCGCAUGCGUCCUGCCUCCGGGGCGGAGGGAGCCCUGCCUCGUGGGGGCCAUUCUUCCGCUGCGCGCCGCGCGACGUGAUGACGACACUGGGCCCGCCCUCUACCCUGGCUGUGCUCUGGAGUUCUUCAGUCGUACCGCGUGCGCAACGGUAGUGACGCGUUUAACCCGGAGUAUGGCGGAUACCGGCUUGCGCCGCGUGGUUCCCAGCGACCUUUAUCCCCUUGUGCUCGGCUUUCUGCGAGAUAACCAGCUCUCAGAGGUGGCCAGUAAAUUUGCAAAAGCGACAGGCGCUACACAGCAGGACGCCAAUGCCUCUUCCCUCUUGGACAUUUAUAGCUUUUGGCUCAAGUCCACCAAAGCCCCGAAGGUGAAACUGCAGUCAAAUGGACCAGUGGCCAAAAAGGCUAAGAAAGAGACUUCAUCCAGUGACAGCAGUGAGGACAGCAGUGAGGAAGAGGACAAAGCCCAAGUUCCCACACAGAAGGCUGCCGCCCCUGCCAAGCGAGCCAGUUUGCCUCAGCAUGCUGGGAAAGCAGCAGCCAAAGCUUCAGAGAGCAGCAGUAGUGAAGAGUCCAGUGAGGAAGAGGAGGAGGAGGACAAAAAGAAAAAGCCUGUCCAGAAAGCAGUUAAGCCCCAAGCCAAGGCAGUCAGACCUCCUCCGAAGAAGGCAGAGAGCUCUGAGUCCGAGUCUGACUCAAGCUCAGAGGAUGAAGCACCACAGACCCAGAAGCCAAAGGCAGCUGCUACGGCAGCUAAAGCCCCGACUAAAGCCCAGACUAAAGCCCCAGCCAAACCAGGUCCACCAGCGAAAGCACAGCCUAAAGCAGCCAAUGGCAAAGCAGGCAGCAGCAGCAGCAGUAGCAGCAGCAGUAGCAGUGAUGACUCAGAGGAAGAGAAGAAGGCAGCUGCACCUCUCAAGAAGACUGCACCUAAAAAGCAAGUCGUGGCCAAGGCACCAGUAAAAGUAACUGCUGCCCCCACCCAAAAGAGUUCUAGCAGUGAGGACUCUUCCAGUGAAGAGGAAGAGGAACAGAAAAAACCCAUGAAGAAAAAAGCAGGUCCCUACAGUUCAGUUCCACCACCUUCUGUUUCUUUAUCCAAAAAGUCCGUGGGAGCCCAGUCUCCAAAGAAAGCGGCCGCGCAGACACAGCCUGCAGACAGCAGUGCAGACAGCAGCGAGGAGUCUGAUUCAAGUUCUGAGGAAGAGAAGAAAACUCCAGCUAAGACAGUCGUCUCCAAGACACCCGCCAAACCAGCUCCAGUGAAGAAAAAGGCCGAGAGCUCUUCAGACAGCUCAGAUUCUGACAGUUCUGAGGAUGAAGCUCCUGCCAAGCCAGUCAGUGCCACCAAGAGUCCCUUAAGCAAGCCAGCUGUCACUCCUAAGCCGCCUGCUGCAAAGGCAGUGGCAACUCCUAAGCAGCCUGCGGGCAGUGGCCAGAAACCUCAGAGCAGAAAGGCUGACAGCAGCUCCAGCGAGGAGGAGAGCAGCUCCAGUGAGGAAGAGGCCACCAAGAAAAGUGUGACAACCCCUAAGGCCAGGGUGACCGCCAAAGCAGCACCCUCUCUACCUGCCAAACAGGCUCCUCGGGCUGGUGGAGACAGCAGCUCCGACUCAGAGAGUUCCAGCAGUGAGGAGGAGAAGAAGACGCCGCCUAAACCCCCCGCUAAGAAGAAGGCAGCAGGUGCAGCCGUUCCCAAACCCACCCCUGUGAAGAAAGCAGCAGCCGAGAGCAGCAGCAGCAGCAGCUCCUCCGAAGAUUCCAGUGAAGAAGAGAAAAAGAAGCCCAAGAGCAAAGCUACUCCCAAACCACAGGCAGGAAAGGCCAAUGGCGUUCCAGCUUCUCAGAACGGAAAAGCAGGCAAGGAAAGUGAGGAGGAAGAGGAAGACACAGAACAGAACAAAAAGGCAGCCGGGACCAAGCCAGGUUCAGGCAAGAAACGGAAGCACAAUGAGACAGCAGAUGAAGCAGCAACUCCUCAAUCUAAGAAAGUUAAGCUGCAGACCCCUAAUACGUUUCCAAAAAGGAAGAAGGCACAGAAAAGGGCAUCUUCCCCUUUCCGAAGGGUCAGGGAGGAGGAGAUUGAGGUGGACUCUCGAGUAGCAGACAAUUCCUUCGAUGCCAAGCGAGGUGCAGCUGGAGACUGGGGUGAGCGAGCCAAUCAGGUUCUGAAGUUCACCAAAGGAAAGUCCUUCCGGCACGAAAAAACAAAGAAGAAGCGAGGCAGCUACCGGGGAGGCUCCAUCUCUGUCCAGGUCAAUUCCGUCAAGUUUGACAGCGAGUGACCUGUGUCAUCUUUAGCAAAGGAAGGGUGACUUUGGGAGGCUGGCACUCACCUCCAAUGGACCCAGAAACUCAGUGUUAUUAGGAGAGAGUUGUGGCACGGACAGUUUGAAGCAGGUUCUUUGACACUGCAGUCUAUAGUCCUUCCAUGCUCCUGCUUCUGGACAGGUUUGUUUUUGAGCGUUGAUUGUCAAAGACAAAAAGUUUUUUUGUUUGUUUUGUUUUAUUUUUUAAGAAAUCCAUUUGGUUGUCAGCUGCCUUCCUGUUCUGUUGGUCUUCAUACUGAGAAAUUGUAUAUUUUAUAUUAAAUCAUGUCAUACAGAUUUUUGUUGUGAUUUUCAGAGAUGAGUUCCACAGAUUAAAGUCUUUGCCUAAGGCAAUGCACAGAGUCACAUGGAGGAUUCUGUUUAUGUGAGUGCGCAGACCCACAUUUGAUCCCACCCCUCAAAGCCCCGGUGGGCCCUGACAUAAGUCUUGUGAUGUUUGACUGCUAAGCAUGCCCUGUGCUCAUCUUCAUCCAUUGGGCCUGACACCGAAGCUUCCCGAAGCCGGCGUGGAUCUGCCAACUUUGGGGAUAAAAUUGCAGUUCUUGGUACAAUUUCCUACUGAACUGACAGGCAGGAUUCUCGAUGUGAGUGCGAUGCAACGGUUUUUGUUUUGUUCUCAGUAGCUAUUAGUGCUACGUGUUUACAGUGUGUUCUAGUUUUAAUUUCGAAGUAAGCUUUUCUGACACUGAGAGGCAUUUGCAACAACUUGACUCUUACCGCUGUUGUAUAUAAGCUCAUGAAUAUAUUUGAUUCUUGUUAACAUCAUCAAGAGCAGAAUGGUAAACUCCUGCAUGGUUGAGGCACUGGUCAAGGAAGUGGAGAUGACCUACCUGAGCCUCUGGGUGAAGUAGGUACGGUGGAUAGAUCCUGGGCACCUGCAGUGAGGAGCAGGCGAAGGACAGUGAGGCUGGGAGAGGUCUGGGCAGGACCGUUCUGUCUGGAUCCCUCCCCUCAAAGGGAUCACAUGGGAGUGAUUAUGUCUUAUUUAAGUUGGUCCCCUGGAUUGAUUAUUGGUACCUUAACUAUAUGAUGUUACUGAUACAGGCUAACCAGGGGGGGGCUGGGAGGCAUAUCUGGGUGAUAGUGGCGCUUACCUACCAUUCAAGGACAGAGUGUGAUCUCCAUCAAGGCAGGAAGUGAAUGAGCAGAGAUCCCUGGGCCAAGGGAGUAAAUUAUAAAGCCGUAAGAUUUGACCAUUGGCAGAGCUCAGCCAGAGUGAGGGAAGGGAGAAGAGCACCCUGGCUAACCUGGUGAGAACAGACACGGAGCCUCCCUGGUUUGGUUUCCAUGGUCACCUGGUAACCUGCUAAAAGUGGGUGCCUGUGGCAGCUCCUUGAGGAAGUCUGCAUGGUCAAAGUUCUGUGUCUUACUACAAAACAAUAAAAUGGAUGGUCCCUGA